GAGUACACGACGUUUCUACAUUCUAUUUCACAAUAUUCUAUUCCGUUGUAGAAAAAAAAAUUAUAAUCCGCGAUAAUCCAUGUUCGAAACGUUGUUAUCUUGUUUAAAGUAAACAUCAGUCAGCAAUAAUAGUCGUCACUCUUCGAACUAUUGAAAUAUAUUAAUAUAUUAUCGUGUAUUAUACUUACCUAGGCACCUAUUAUAAUAUUGACUUUCAUUCGCACAGCGGCGUUCACUAUUCGUACGAAACGACAAAACUAGUGGGAACCGUUCAACGUAAUUAUUUUUCGCUCGCACAGUUACUACUACUAUCGUCGUCGUGUUGCGAUAGCCGGCCUAUCGUUUUUUUUCUACCUAUGAUUAGUGCAGACGUGCAGUAACAUUUUAUUAUAGCGGUUAUUACGUCGAAUUAAUUUUUAUUUUUUUUUGCAAUUUUUUUCGUGUUCCGUUUUCACGUUUUUGGGAAAUAGGGCAGUUUUUUUCUAUUUUACUGCUAUAAUGUCAUCUAAUGUCGGCGAUGAAGUGCCGGAUAGCGUGGAUGGACUGUACGAUGUUUACAGCUUGACCUUCUGGCUCAAAGUGUUGUUAAACGGCAGUCUGGUGGCCAUUAUCACGUUUUUGUUAAUGAAAAUAUUCAUUAAACGCAAUGAGCCUGAAGUCGAAGAAAAGGAAGAUGUGACACUGCCAAAAAUGAAAAAGAGAGAUUUUACCAUCCAAGAGCUACGCGAAUUUGAUGGCACUAAAGGUGACGGACGCAUUUUGGUAGCGAUCAAUGGCAAAGUGUUUGACGUCACCAAAGGAAAACAUUUCUAUGGACCAGGUGGUGUUUAUUCAACAUUUGGUGGGCAUGAUGCUUCUCGUGGAUUAGCUACAUUUUCAGUUAGUGGUAAAGAUGAAUAUGAUGACCUAAGUGAUUUGAAUUCUUUAGAAAUUGAGUCUAUGUUGGAAUGGGAAACUCAAUUUAUGGAAAAAUAUGACUAUGUUGGGCGUCUUUUGAAACCCGGAGAAUCUCACAGUUACUAUACUGAUGAAGAAGAAACCCCUACCAAUAAACUUCAUCUGGAAAAUCCAAAACAAUGUGAAUCUGAAAAACCUAAAAAUCAUGCUGUAGGAGAUUCUGAAAAUAUUAAUGAAUUACCAAAAACUGGAACCAAAGAUAAUAAUGAAGAAAUCAUAGAAAACAGCAGUGGUUUAUCUUCAAAUAGUAAUGACGAGAAAUCUGAAAUCACUAAAUUAUUGGAUAUCCCAACCAAACAAGAUGAAAUCCAUACCUUGGAAAAAUAGUACAAAUUAUUUAAAUUAACAUCGGUAUUUAAUUUCAACUAUGGGGGACUAUGAACGUUUACGUCUAUUACGGUGAUGGGAUUCAUUAUAUACUGUAAGGGUGUUAAAGUUUUUUGUUUUGUACUUAAUAAUAUGACUGAAAUCAACAAUCA